GGAAAUUUGGUAGGAUCACUCGUACUGUUCCUCGUAGUCAUCCAUUAUCAAUCACUGGGUAUGGUGGUGUCUUUGAUACCGAACCAUACUAAGCGAAAAGUCAUGACUCAUCACCUUCAACAUGAAGAAAGUCGUGACACCAUGACUUUCAAGUUUCCUCUUCUCAGAGGCAUGGGUGCCAAUUGGCUCGUUUGCAUGGCUUGCUUCCUAGCUUUCUUUCAUGGUAAGUAUUCCAUCUGGUUCAGGACCUUUGCAUUUACUCUAGACCACGUUGUGGCCAACAUGUUCUCCUUCGUACCAAUGGCGAGCUGGCAGAAUGAGUCUGAGAUUACUGUUGGGUUCUACAAUUGGAAGAGUAUGAUCAAGCUUUGA